AUUUAAUUUUCGGUCACUUUGCUUUCAUUUUUCGAUGGAGGUUGCGGUAAAUUUGGUUAAGGAAAAAAUCCAGAACGUUUUUAUUACUUUUAAUAAAUUAUAAAUAAAAAGAAUUGCAACAAAUUCACAAAAUUCAAAACCUUGACUACAAAACGCUACUGCAAACAAAAAAUAAUAAUAAUAAUAGGGAUUAUCCAAAAUUCAAGAAGAUAGUGAAAAGGUUUAUGAUUAUUCGAAGAUUUUCGAAAUUGUUGGUGACAAAAACAUCUUUGGAAUAUUAUUUUGACCUUACCAAUUGCUACACGCCUGUAGCACAAGCGAAAUCACUAAAUAUUACAUCGGAAUACCUUCUACAACGGGGAACAUCAACUCGUUUUUCUCGUCGAGGAUAUUUUAGAAAUAGUUUCUCAAACACAGACAUGGUGAAUACAGAAUCUUCUGUGAAAUAUUUGGAAAUUCCUGAUAAAUCGGAAAGCGACAAAAAACAUUAUAAAACAUUAUUAUUGAGUAAUGGUAUUCGAGCAUUGCUUGUGUCGGACCCUACACCGGUGCCGCAUUGUGGACUAACUUCUUCAUCGUCCUCAUCAUCUUAUGACUCCACAGGCGACUCUUGUGCUGAAGAGAGUAGUAGUACCAGCAGUGAAGAUGAAGAAUCUAUGAGCACAUCCACAACAGACAAUGGUGAAAGUGAUUCAGACUUAGAGUCAGAAGAAGGUGACGAGAAAUUGGCUGCGUGUGCAUUGUUGGUCGACGUUGGCUCAUUCACGGAACCCACCGAAUAUCAAGGGCUAGCCCAUUUCCUGGAACAUAUGAUCUUUAUGGGAUCAGAAAAGUAUCCAGCGGAGAAUGCGUUUGAUGCACACAUUAAAAAAUGUGGCGGAUUUGACAACGCGCAUACGGAGUUCGAAGAAACAUGUUUCUAUUUUGAGGUAUCUGAAGAGCAUUUAGACAGUAGUAUGGAUUAUUUCUCUGCAUUGCUGAAAGCACCACUUAUGAAAAAAGAAGCAAUGACACGUGAACGUGAUUCUGUUGAGUCCGAAUUUCAGCAAAUUGUACAUGACGACGAAGUUCGCCGAGAUCAACUUGUAGCUGCCUACGCUACACCAGGCUACCCACAUGCCACGUUCCCGUGGGGCAAUCUCAAAACUCUUAAAGAUGGAAUAAGUGAUGAUGAUCUACAUGCAAUGUUACAUGAAUUUCAAAAGCGACACUACAGUGCUCAUCGUAUGUGUGUUUGUGUACAAGCUCGUCUUCCCAUCGACGAGUUGGAGCAAAUGGUUGUGAAACACUUCUCGGGUAUUCCUAGUAACGAUCUUCCGGGUUUAGAUCUUUCGCCAUACAAUUAUCGAAACGCUUUCCGAAAGGAAUUUUUCGAAGAAGUAUUUUUUGUUAAACCAGUGGAAAAUAUUUGUAAACUAGAACUUACAUGGGUACUGCCGUCUAUGAUAAAGCAAUAUAAAACAAAACCAGAUCAAUUUAUUUCACAUUUGAUUGGAUACGAAGGAGAGGGCAGUUUAUGUGCCUAUUUAAGGAAACGCUUGUGGGCAUUGGAACUUACAGCGGGGAUCGAUGAAAGCGGUUUUGAAUCAAAUUCUAUUUAUUCUUCCUUUGUUAUCGGAAUCUUUCUGACUGACCGCGGUUUCCAGCAUCUCGACGAAGUACUUGCUGCUAGUUUUGCCUUUAUUAAACUCUUUGCCGGCUGCGGCCCAUUCAAAGAUGCUUUCACAGAGUUGCAAAAAAUUGAGGCGACUAACUUCCGGUUCGAAUCUCAGCGUCCGGCUUUGGACAAUGUGGAGAAAUUAGCUGUAAAAAUGAAAUAUUAUCCACCGAAGGAUAUAUUAACUGGCACUGAAUUGUAUUACGAGUACAAUGAAGAUCACAUUCAAGAUGUUGUAAAGCAUUUAAACGAAUUCAGAUUCAAUAUAAUGAUCACCUCGCAACACAAAUAUGAAGGUGUAACAUAUGACAAAAAAGAAAAAUGGUUCAGUACUGAAUAUACCACAAUUAAAAUGCCUCAAAAAUGGCGUGAACUCUGGGAGAAUUCAAAGCCCAUGCCAGAGUUGUUCCUGCCGAAGCCAAAUCGUUUUAUUUCGAAUGAUUUUCGUUUACACUGGGAGGAAAACGGAAAACCAGAGUUACCGACUGCCCCUAAGAAAAUACUUCAGACGGAUAUAUGUGAAUUGUGGUUUAGACAAGAUGAUAAGUUUCUCCUACCUGAGGCUUACAUGUAUUUUUAUUUUAUAUCACCACUAUUACGCAAGGAUCCCAAAAACGACGCUCUGUGUGCACUUUAUGAGAGAUUAGUUAAAUUCCGACUUAGUGAAGAAUUGUAUCCAGCCACUGUUGCAGGCCUUUCGUAUCAAUUCUACACUGCCGAAAAGGGCAUAAUACUAAAGGUGAAUGGUUAUAAUGAAAAAUUACAUUUGCUUGUGGGCAUUAUAACCAAAGCUAUGGUGUCAAUGCGUGAACACAUAACGGAAGAUCAGUUUAAUAUAUUCAAAACAGAUCAGAAGAAAUCUUAUUUCAAUUCAUUGAUCAAGCCGAGAACUCUCAACAAGGAUAUUCGUUUAAGUAUCGUAGAGCACAUCCGCUGGCCCAUUAUAACAAAAUAUAAAUGUUUAGAUAGCCUUACAUUAAAUGAUGUGUUGCACUUCUCCGACGCCUAUACGAGUGAAUUAUAUUUGCAGACACUAAUGCAGGGUAAUUUGACAGAGGAGUCAGCACAUAAUGUAAUGAAUUCCGUGUUAACUACUCUUAAUUGUCGCAAUAUCAAGGAGACUAAAUACAUUGAGAAUCGUACCGUCCAGUUGCCUCAAGGUUCUCACUUCAUACGCUGCCGUUCUCUUAAUGAAGAGGAUGUGAACACUGUAAUUUGUAACUUUUACCAAAUAGGCCCGUGUUCUCUGCGAGUCGAAAGCAUCUUGGAUCUAUUAAUGAUGUUUGUUGAGGAACCAUUAUUCGACACACUCCGUACGAAGGAGCAGCUGGGAUACUAUGUUUCGGCAUCAGUGCGAAUGAACUAUGGCAUAAUUGGUUACUCAAUCGCUGUAAAUUCACAGGAAACAAAGUUUAGUGCCGCUCAUGUGGACGAAAGGAUUGAGGUGUUUCGAGGAAAAAUGUUGCAAAUUUUGGAAGAGAUGAGUGAAGAAGACUUCGAACAUGUUCGUGAGUCGUUAAUAAAAAUUAAGCAGGUUGUCGAUAUAUCACUCGCCGAGGAAGUGUCUCACAAUUGGGAGGAGAUCACAUCCGAGGAAUAUGUUUUCGAUCGAAGGCGGCGUGAAGUUGACGUUUUGCGAGCGCUAACUAAGCAAGACAUAAUCGAUUUUUGCCUAAACAACGAACGAACCAAUUUACGCAAGUUGUCGGUGCAAGUAAUCGGCAAUAAGGACGCAGUGCGCUCAAAGCGUUCGGCUAAACGUGACGAGGAGAACUCCAAUGAGGACAGCGCGGGCAGUAGUGGCAGUGAAUCGGAGGUCGAUGAUGAAGAGCUUUUCAAUGCAUUAGCUAGCAAAUUGGAUGUGCGGUUCAUACCGAAGGAUGGGGACGCAACAACAAUAGUAGACAUUAAGGACUUUAAGGAAAACUUGCAUAUAUACCCGAUUACUAAAACUAAAUUGGAAAAUGGUACAGAGCGUUCGCAGAUGGAAAUAAUAGAGGAAUGUUAAAAAGUCACGACGGAAGAUUAGAGUUUUGAAGAGUUCUUGGAAAAUCCGGUUACACAUAGUGGACUGGCGGUGGUUCAACAUAAAUUUAAAAGCAAUGAUGUGCCCUGCAUUAGUAAUUACCACUUUUUUUUCGCAGUAGUUUAAAAAACCGAAAUAAUUUGAAAAUUUUGAGUCAAUAAAAUGAAUUCACUUACAAGUGAACAUAUAAAGAAAA